AUGGCAAACCCUCCUCCGCUGUCACAAGCUGUCGGCUAUGGAGUGGUCAUUGGGCUAGGCUUUGCCUUCGCCUUCUUCAUGAUUCUCACCACUUUUGUCCUGAAACGAUACAACUAUGAGCUACAGACGUCGGAAAUGUUCUCCACUGCUGGCCGCUCCGUAAAGUCUGGUCUCGUUGCCUCCGCCGUCGUUUCCUCCUGGACAUGGGCCGCAACACUACUUCAGAGCAGUGCUGUCGCGUAUAACUACGGGGUUUCAGGUCCGUUCUGGUACGCAUCAGGUGCAACCGUUCAAAUCAUCCUUUUCGCAACAAUCGCGAUCGAAUUGAAGCGAAGAGCACCCAAUGCGCACACCUUUCUUGAAGUCAUUCGAGCGCGCUAUGGAGCGGUUACGCAUGUCGUAUUUAUGGUCUUCGGGUUGUUCACGAAUAUUUUGGUCACGUCCAUGCUGCUCACCGGGGGCUCUGCGGUAGUCACAACGCUCACAGGCGUGCCCACUGCUGCAGCCUGCUUUCUUUUGCCUGUUGGCGUCUGCUUGUAUACGAUGUUCGGCGGUAUCAAAGCAACCUUCCUCACCGAUUAUGCGCAUACGGUCGUCAUCCUGAUCAUCCUCCUCAUGUUCGCCUUCACCGCCUAUGCCACAAACGCCAACCUCGGAAGCCCUUCCAAAGUGUUCGAUCUAUUAGUCGAAGCCGCCAAGAAACAUCCAGUUGAGGGCAACGCUGGAGGUUCUUACCUUACAAUGCGUUCCAAAGAAGGCGCUAUCUUCUUCGUCAUCAAUAUCGUUGGAAACUUUGGAACUGUCUUUUGCGACAACGGAUACUACAACAAGGCUAUCGCUGCUAGCCCCGUUGAUGCCCUACCUGGCUACAUCAUGGGCGGUCUGUCCUGGUUCGCCAUUCCAUGGCUAGCGGCCACUACCAUGGGUCUUGCUGCUCUAGCCUUGGAGAGCAACCCCGUUUUCCCGACUUAUCCCAACCGUCUUCCCGCUGCUGAUGUCUCUGCGGGGCUCGUAUUACCGAAUGCUGCUGUAGCCAUGCUAGGAAGCGGGGGCGCAGUUGCGACUCUCCUCCUCGUAUUCAUGGCUGUUACAUCUGCCAUGUCCGCUGAGCUUAUCGCUGUCUCCAGUAUCUGGACCUACGAUUUCUAUCAGACAUACAUCAACCCUCGCGCUACCGGAAAGCAGCUUAUCUACAUGUCUCACAUGAUGGUCAUUGCGUUCGCUGUCGCCAUGGCUGCCUGGUCCACAGGACUACAUUACAUUGGUAUUUCCAUGGGUUAUCUCUAUCUCCUGAUGGGCGUCAUCAUCUCUUCUGCCGUUCUUCCUGCCACCCUAACUUUGAUGUGGAGCAAGCAAAAUUGGUACGCCGCAACAUUCUCACCGCCUCUGGGUUUCGCCUGCUCGCUCAUCGCAUGGCUCGUCACCGCGAAGAAAGAAAGUGGCGAGCUUACCGUCGCUACCACCGGCGCAAACAACCCUAUGCUUGCCGGAAAUGUUGUUGCACUCCUCUCUCCGGUCAUCUUCGUGCCCGUUCUGACAUACACGUUUGGCCCCCAAAACUACGACUGGAUCUCAAUGAAAGCCAUCCGCAGGGGCGACGAUCACGAUCUCGCGAACGCUGCCCAUGUCGAUCUAGAGCUUGUCCCGGGCGAGCGACUGCACACCUCCGUCGAGGAGGAAGAAGAGCAAGCCAAGCUUCUCAAGGCCUCGAAGAUUGCGCGAUGGAUGACUGUAUUCAUGACGCUCGCAUUCCUGGUUCUCUGGCCUAUGCCCAUGUACGGCUCUGGCUACGUUUUUAGCAAGAAGUUCUUCACCGGAUGGGUCGUCGUCGGUAUUCUUUGGAUGUUCUGCAGUUCUUUCUGUGUGGGACUGUAUCCGCUCUGGGAAGGACGAAAGACCAGUAUGAGGACAUUCAAGGCUAUGUUCAGGGAUAUCACUGGAAAGGGGCGGACGAAGCCUGCGGUCUCCCAAGGAGAAGGGCUCGAGUCGCCGCCUACUGAAUCGGUAGAUGAGAAGGCGAAGCAGUAA